GGGGGCGCCCCCUCGGCAGAGCUGGGCUGCAGGCGGACUCGCAGUACUGCCGGCGCUACCUAGCGUGCGUGCAGAGGCGUCGGAGCCCAUCCAGCCAUGGAAGCGGCAGCUGUCCUGCCUAGGUACCUCCAGCUGAGGCUGCUGCUGGUGCUGGUGCUGCUGGUUUUGCUUCGGGCUGGUCCUGUGUGGCCCGACAGUAAGGUGUUCAGUGACCCGGACCAGGUGCGGAUGACCUCAGAGGGCUCCGACUGCCGCUGCAAAUGCAUCAUGCGACCGCUGAGCAAGGAUGCAUGCAGCCGGGUGCGAAGCGGGCGAGCGCGAGUAGAGGACUUCUACACUGUGGAGACAGUAAGCUCUGGGUCUGACUGCCGGUGCUCCUGCACCGCCCCGCCCUCCUCACUCAACCCCUGUGAGAACGAGUGGAAGAUGGAGAAACUCAAGAAGCAGGCACCCGAGCUCCUCAAGCUGCAGUCUAUGGUGGAUCUCCUGGAGGGUGCCCUGUACAGCAUGGAUCUGAUGAAAGUGCAUGCCUACAUCCAGAAGGUGGCUUCCCAGAUGAAUACGCUGGAGGAGAGCAUCAAGGCCAACCUGAGCCUGGAGAACGAGGUGGUGAAGGAUAGCGUACGCCACCUCAGUGAGCAACUGAAGAGCUACGAGAACCAGUCAGCCAUCAUGCUGAGCAUCAAGAAGGAGCUGUCUAGCCUGGGCCUCCAGUUGCUGCAGAGGGAUGCAGCCGCUGUCCCUGCCACUGCCCCAGCCUCAAGCCCGGACAGCAAGGCUCAGGACACAGCUGGAGGGCAAGGCAGAGAUCUCAACAAAUAUGGCAGUAUACCGAAGAGCUUCUCAGACAAGGGUCUGGCAAAGCCUCCCAAGGAGAAGCUGCUGAAAGUGGAGAAGCUGAGGAAGGAGAGCAUCAAGGGCAGAAUACCCCAGCCCACAGCCAGGCCACGUGCGCUGGCUCAGCAGCAGGCAGUGAUCCGAGGCUUCACCUACUACAAGGCGGGCAGACAGGAGGUCAGACAAGAGACACCCAAGGCUGCCGCUGACAACACCCUCAAAGGUACUUCCUGGAUGGAGAAGCUACCCCCCAAGAUAGAGGCCAAGCUUCCGGAACCUAACUCUGCCAAACAUGAUGAUGUCAGGCUGCAGGCUUCAGAAGGAGGCAACUUGGCCCCUGACAUCACCAGUACCACCACCAGUACCACCAGCACCACCACCAGCACCACCACCAGUACCACCAGCACUACCAGCACCACCACCCCAAGCCCUAUCACCACACCCUGGCCCACUGAGCCACCUUUGCAUCCAGAAGUCCCCAGCCAAGGUCGGGAGGACAGCUGUGAGGGCACACUCCGAGCUGUGGAUCCCCCUGUGAAACACCACAGUUAUGGGCGCCAUGAGGGGGCCUGGAUGAAAGACCCAGCAGCUCUUGAUGACAGGAUCUACGUCACCAACUACUACUACGGAAACAGCCUGGUGGAGUUUCGAAACCUGGAAAAUUUCAAACAAGGCCGAUGGAGUAAUAUGUAUAAGCUGCCCUACAACUGGAUAGGCACAGGCCAUGUUGUGUACCAGGGUGCCUUCUACUACAACCGUGCCUUCACCAAGAACAUCAUCAAAUAUGACCUGCGCCAACGCUUUGUGGCCUCCUGGGCCCUGCUGCCUGAUGUGGUCUAUGAGGACACCACACCCUGGAAGUGGCGUGGCCACUCGGACAUCGAUUUUGCCGUGGAUGAGAGUGGCCUGUGGGUCAUCUACCCAGCUGUGGAUGAGCAUGACGAAACGCAGCAUGAGGUGAUUGUGUUGAGCCGCCUGGACCCGGCAGACCUCUCUGUGCACCGGGAGACCACGUGGAAGACACGGCUGAGGAGGAACUCCUACGGGAACUGCUUUCUGGUGUGCGGCAUCCUCUACACCGUGGACACUUACAACCAGCAGGAAGGCCAGGUGGCCUAUGCGUUCGACACCCACACCAGCACUGAUGCUCACCCGCAGUUGCCCUUCCUCAAUGAGUAUUCCUAUACCACCCAGGUUGACUACAAUCCCAAGGAGCGGGUGCUCUAUGCCUGGGACAAUGGCCACCAGCUCACCUACUCUCUCCACUUUGUGGUCUGAGUGGGCACCUAUGUUCACAAGGGAGAUCAGCAGAGGAGAAAGGGCUAUCCCUAGCAACUCUUGCAAUUGAUAUAAGUAUCAGUUGGGGUGUCCUGGGCUAGGUAUUGGCUUUGAUGGCUGUGAGUACUUUCUCAGUGCCCAGUAGGUGACACUUUCACAGCAAUGCUGUGCCGGGAGCUUUACCUGCACUUACCCUUUUGACUCUCUCUACUUCUUCCCUUAAGCCCGUUGAGCAGAUGAAGUCUAAAGCCCAGCAGCAUCCCAGAUGGAGUCGGGCAGGCUAUGUCCUCACGAUAGCCCCGUUUUUUUAUAGAUGAGAUGACCUUGCCACAGCCUUCUCACCUCCAGUCCCCUUCCAGGGCUCUGCAAAGCCGGAGGUCUUUGGGACCUAUGCACUGCUGCUGUACAGUUCCAGGUCUCUCUUCUGGUUGAAUGCUGGUAACCUUGAGCUUAGAGCCUCUUGACCUGUGGUCAGCCCCUGUGCUCUCCUGAUCUUCUGUCUAACCACAUUCCAGAAGGGUCACCAUCACAGCCACUAAGCAGCAACUGAAGCAAAUGCUGGCCAGGUUCGUGGCCCUCCCUCUGUAGCUACUUCUAGUCCCCAUGUUCCUUGCACAUUUUGCAGCAGAUGAGAAGGUAUAGGCAGCUCAGCUCUGGGGUGUGGGGUGCUAGCCUCAGCUCCCCUGACCUCCUGUACCAGAAGCCCUCGCCUUGGCCAUCCACUAGGCCUCGGCUCCUUCCUUAGCCCUUCCCAAAGCCUUGGGCCUGGAGUCUUUUCUGGGUCUUCAAAGCUAUUCUGUUCACACUCAGGGACUGCUAGGAGCAAGGCCUUUGUCCCCAGCAUGGGUGGCCCCAAGAUGGAACAGGCUCCGUUGAUCUUAAUCUGGCCAUUUGGCGGGCUGAUUCGGCAGCCCGGGGAUCUGAGGGAGACAGGACAGAGGUUCAGAAGAGACUUCUCAGCUUGCUGGAUAAAACCCGGAGGCAGAGACGGGGAGGGUAGACUGGGGUCUCGGCACCAGGAUUUUCUUUGAGAUGGGACUUGGGAUUGUGGACACACAAGUGAACAUACAUAAACUACCUUAACAUAGGAUUGGCAGCUCGCUGCCCUGGUGCAGCUUGUGACCUUCAGACCCAGAUAGCCCUAAGAACAUGACCUUUCAAGCCAGCCUAUAACAGCUUUGGGCAUUCUUUUUAAAGCUGGAGAGAAGUUCUUUUGCCCAUCUCCUUGUUUUACCAAAGAAAAUAUAGGUCCCAACAGUUCUAGGGCAUGGGCAGAGUCAUACGGGGCGGGGUACAGCUGAUCUCCUUUGGUAAAACCCUUUACUGAGACAGUUCUGCCUGCAAAAACAACAGGUCCCCAGUACCCUUGAAGGUGUCUACUGCUGACCCCUGCCCUGCUCCCGGACCCUGGAGACUUCCUUGUGCCCUGUGCCCGUUCCUAGGAUAGCUAAAGUGAAGUGAAAUCCCACUAAUGCCACUAUGCCGUACUGGGUAGGGAAAUGCAGGUUCUGUGCAGACUUCCUUUCUUCCAGACAUUGUUGGGUGAUGUUUUACUUAAGGAAUAACUCACUCCUGAAGUAAAGAGGGACAGUGACAGCCAGCCCAGCCAGGUCUGACUCACAGUGGUAGCCACAUCCAGCUUCCCCCACCCAGCUGACCACCACGGGUUCCUCUUCCAGCCUCUUCAGAGAACUCGGAGGCCUCGGCCUUUCCCUUGGCCCUGGGUGUGGGUCUUUUCAAGACUCUGUGUUUUGUGAUGUCAUAGCCUAACCAUGUGAGAGGUGCUCAGGCAACUGCAGCAGCCCGAGAAAAGGGGACGCUAGGACACGCUGGUUUUGAAAAGUAAACACGUGGCAUAGUUUCCUGGGGUGGGAAGGCAGGGCUUGCCAUAGUCCCCAGUUGUCCUCCAGGCCCUUUCUGUUUUCAGGCCUUUGUGUGCUGUAUGGUUAACAUAGUUCAUUGCCUCAUUUGUAAAUGGUCAAACUGGAUCCCAGGUAGCUCACUUGUCACACAGGCUGGUAAUGGAAGAGCCAGGUCUCCAAAUCAGGCAAACUGUCACUGUCAUCUCAGAGCCAUCAAUGUGGGGGACACACUGUGGGAAGUAAACUACAGAGGGGCCCACUGACAGGUGAGGACAAGGACAAGGAAUGAACUCAAGAUCACAUAGCAGUGUAGUCAGUGGCAGAGCUACGGGUUUAAG